AUGACCGUGCCUGCAGUUGAAAUUGCCACUUUCACCGCGAGCGAAGCAUACAAGAAGGAUCCCACCGUCAUCCUUCCAGCUCUAAAGCUGCUUCAAGGCAUCUCCGGCUGCAUUAGGCACAUCCAGGACUCGUCGCUCCUCUACCUUGUCAUCUUCUGGGAGACGCUCGACCAUCAUCUCGUCUACAUGAAUGACAAGGAAGAGUAUCCGAAACUCGAUGUCGCCCUCCAGCUCGCCAUCGAGAAGCCCCUCGGUCUGUACCACGUCCGCUUCCCGAUGGACAUCCAGCCCGCGUUCGACGCGCCCGUGACGGAGAUCGCGCAGUGGACCGUCUCUGAGGGUGCUGACCUCAGUGCAUUCCAGGGUAAGGUUAAAACGCUCAUUAAUCUGUUCCACUCGGGCGCACCAAGCGAGGUCUUCCUUGGUGGUCUUGGCGAGGUUGUUGAGGGAGAGAGGAAGCUCUCGGUCAUCAUCGGCUGGCACAGCUUGGAGCGGUUCAACACUGUAGUUUCCAGCAACCAGCCGUGUCUCGAAUUGAUAACGGAGCUGAGGAAGCUUGGAGAGCCUGAGCUCAAGCACGCCAGUCUCCAUAAGUACAACAAGGUCUAA